AUGUCUGAAUUCAAUAAUAAUAAUUUUCACGAACAACAAGACAACACAAUUCUCACUUCACAAACUCCGAAGAGAAAGAGAAACACCUCCAAACAAGAAGCAAAGAAUGUACGGAAAAAACAAGACACUCAUGAUGAAGAUUCAAUGAUCCAUUCCGCAAGCACAACAACAGAAUCAACAGUCCAUGAUGACGUUCAAUCAAUUUCAUCAAAUAAUCAUCAACAAGAUUCAAAAACUGAAACAACAGAAAAUACAUCAUCGAUAGACUUGCUAUUGAAAGAAAAUUUAUCAACAACGGAUCGGUUACUGACUCUUGAAACCAUGUUCAAAAUUGUUAGAAAAAAAGUAGAGCUCUUCAACAAGCAACAAGAAGAAGGCAACAACCAAACAACAACUCAAGAUGACACAACACACUCAUUCGUUUUGGGAAUGAUCGAAAAUCAAAUUCGACAACGACUUGUUAUUGCAAAACAAAAAGGAUUGGCAGUUUUACCUGAAGCUCUGAUUAGCAAACUUUGUGAUAUUUUCUCUAUUGCGACUUGUUAUUUAUGGAAAGUUGAAGAGAAACAACAAUUUUUAGUGAAUGCAUUUGGAAAUAACUAUUCCACUGGUUUACGAGAAAUUUUAAAAAGAUUUUACAUUCCAUUAGAGAAUGAUCCAAUAUUGACAAAACAAUCGACUUUUAAUUUUCUUGAACCUGAAGAAAUUGAUAACGCUGAGGAGAGAGAUCGAUUGCGUGAGGAACAACAGCAAGUCAUUUCAACCAUGAUGGCAUCCAAAAAUACUGCCAAUCAUCAAGAACAAUCAAAGGAAGAGUAUGAUGCUUCUCUUCUCGAGCUAUUGAAUAAGCACCAAGAAAAAUAUAAGAGUAGACAGAGUAGAUUUUUGACAGGUUUGGCCAAUCCAAAAGAAUUUCUGAAAGAGGCAGACUUAUUUAGGCAGCAACGUUUGAAACGAGAUGAAUCUCAAAGAAAACAACAACAAGAGUUACUUGAGAGAAAGAAGAUGGCUCAUGCCAGCACUAUUAAGGUUGACAAACUUCCUGACAAUCGAUUUACGUCAGGUAUUAAGGUCAAGAAUAAGAAGAAGAAAAAGUUAUAA